AUGUGGUGGAGAUCUGCGCCAUCUUUGCUGAUGCUGCUGAAUGACGCUGGUGGAUGGAUGGGACCUGUGGCUCGUAGUGGUGGUGGAAGUGAUGAAGCGAUUGAGCGACGAGAAGAAUUCAAAUUGUUUGUCCAAAUUCACUCCUUCUCGUCGGAAUUUCAUGCGGCAGCAGACUGGCACAAGAGACAGCAGGCUCCAAAUAACCGUGUCCGGAACAAGCGCGAAGAAAAAGCUCGGACCAACCAACACCGGCAACACCCUAAGUCAAGGCCUACAAUCCUGACAACCACUUCGACUCUCCCGACAGCGGCAUGGUCAGAUGGUGACACUUACACAAUGACGAUAGCAGGCUCCUCCAAGGCAGUCAACAAUGAGAUCCUAUCGGCUUCGCCGCCCGGGCCUGCCAGCGAACCUGCCAGCUCAGCGAAACCACCACCACCACCACAGCUUGCCAACAUCUCCAAGCUCACCAGCCGUUCUUCCGUUGUUCAAGCACUUUCAGAGCUCUCACAAUAUUCUGCAACCCUCGACGAUGAGCUUGUUUCGCUCUUCGAAGAAUCCGAGCCGGUCGUAGCCGACGCAAGACGAUCCAUAUCCGGUCUUGCACCUCAAGUUCAGCUGAUCCAGGAAGAAGCCGACGUCCUCGACAAGCGCCUCCAGAGUUCAGCAUCUGUCGCCAAACGAAUCUCGGAGCGGGUCCGGCUGCUGGACGAAGAACGCAAGCGCAUCGCGCUCGCCACAGAAUGGGCUGUUCGCGUCGCCGAACUCAAAUCCUCCCUUUCGCUGCUCGCCUCGGCCGUCGAGCAUCGCGACUGGGACAUGGCAACCAUGCACUGUCGUAGAGCGCUGGCCAUCGACCCGGUUGUCCGCGCCUCUCAAUUUGCAGCAGCAGCCGUACCCUCGACCAACCUGCCUGAGCCACCCGAGACGACUCUGCUGGAACUUCGCAAGACCAUGCUCACCGCCUUCACCGACGCCUUUAUCCGAUCUACGCAGAACAAGGACGAGAAGGAAGCAUCGCGCUUCUUCAAGCUCUUCCCUCAAGUAGGCUGGAAGAAGGAAGGACUGGAAGUGUACAGCAGCUUCGCUCGUUCCAUGGUGCGCGAAAAGGGUCGCGGCAUCACGGACUCGCUCGGAUCGGGUAAAGCACAGCAUCCGACGCAUUUCGCGCUACUACUCACCUCGCUCUUUGAGCACCUGGCUUCGCUGAUCGACAUGCACCAGCCUGUAGUAGACAGACAUUACGGCGCGGGGAACUUCGGACAAGGUGUCAUGCCAGGAUUGCAGGAGGAGUGCGAUCGCUUGGGGCACAGGAUCAUGGACUCAUGGCGCGAAGAUCGGAAUGUGCGAAGGAGGCUCGACGAAGUGCAAGCUUAUCGAUUCACGGCAGCGGUGGUGGCGAGCAGGACGCAGCAGUCGACCUUCAAGGCUUCGUUCGGUGUGCCAGGGCGAACGGCGAGCCCGGCAGCAGAUUCCACAGCCAACAGUUCGUUUGACGAGCCUGCAGGUCCGGACGGUCGGGAAGUCGAUCGCAUCCUGACCGAGCUAGCUGCAAUGUGUUCGAGAUGGGGGCUUUAUCGGCGUUUCCUACAGGGCAGACUGGCGCCUGAGCAAGACGCAGCGGAGGGCGGACGGAGCGGCCGACAAAAGACGCUGGAGGACGAACGUGCAGCACAGGCGGAUGAGCCGCUCAAGGAUUUCCGUCGCACCUCCGUCGACCGACGCAGCUCCAUCGCUUCCAGCGUCAAUGCGCCACACGACGAUGCAGACCCACAUGUCGACACGGCGUCGUCAACCAUCGACCAUGCGGCAACAUCCAAGCUGGGCCAAGAAGUCCUGGAAUCGAUGAACACCAUCUACACACCCAUGGAAACCUGGUAUCUUCGCAACAGCCUCGAAAAAGCCUUCCGCAUCGAUCAACCCGACACGACAUCACGCCCCUACACCUCGUCCAUCCUCGACGAUGCCUUCUAUGUCAUCCGCACCGUCCUCGCGCGUAUCCUCUCGACAUCUUCUCUUCCCACUCUCGACGAGAUGACGCGGGCGGUAAAGACGACCAUCGAGCAGGACUAUAUCGAAGUGAUCGUGCGCAAGAUGGAGACGUUGUGGCGGAGUAUCUCUGGAUCGAUGACGGUGGAUGGGCCGAGGAAGGAUGCGGCAAGUCGAGAGAUGCGCACGGUGUUCAUCACGUAUCUCAACGUCCUCGAUGUCAGCUGUACGUACAUGACACGGGUGCUUGCCGAAGUGGGACACGAGCCGUCGCUCGCACGUCUCUUCGAAGCGACCGAAAUGGACCAAGCUCUAGCGGCAGUCUCGAGCUUGUCCCAGCUAGUCAAUCGAAUGCGAUCGUCGCUGCGAACCGAGCUCGAACACCUGUUCACUCAACUCACCGCGCCUCGUCUCCGUGGGUUGCUGCUCGAAACCUACCGGGACGUUUCGUACGUUCUCGACGACGAAUCCUACAGCCUCGCCGAAUCGCGCGAUCUGGUACGAAGACGUUUCGUCAGAUCCUGGGACCUCCUCUUCCACCACUUCAGAGGCACCUUUACCGACAGCAACUUCAACACCUACAUCGGCAUGACGCUGGAUGCACUGUUGAAGCCGUGGGAAUCGUUGGUCAUGGGCAUGCGGUUUACCGAGCUGGGCGCGCUCAAGUUUGACAAGGACUUGAGGGCGAUCAUGACGUUUUUGGAUUCGCAGACAACGCUGCCGGUGAGGGAUAGGUUCAGUCGAUUGCAACAGGUCUCUUAUGUGUUGAAUUUGGAUGGCGAUGAUGAUGAAGGGGAUCUGUAUCAGAAUGCUGUUACGUCGGGCAUUUCGUGGCGGUUGAGUAUGGCCGAGGUGAGGAGUGUUAGAGGAUUGAGGAUAUGA